AUGUUCCUACCUUCACAAAAUAACCAUUCAUCAAGAACAUAUCCAACAUGUCGUAUUUGUCUUAGUUGCGAUGAACCAAAAUCCUUAAUUGCUCCUUGUAAAUGUAAAGGUACGUGGAAUUAUGAAUUUAUUUUCAAUCAAUGGAGAAGAAAAUUGAUAUCGAAUGGACGACCAAAGGAAUUGGAUAUGUGUACAAUGUGUAAAUUCCAUUAUGUCGUAAGACUAAAAUCAAAAAUCGGAAGUAUAAUAAUUCGACCAGAAAUUCGAUUUAUUAUAACUUGCAUGUUAAUUUUGAUUAUAUUGUUCCCAAGUGGAUAUAUAAUGAAAUUAAUAAUGUCGUUAACAUCAAAAAUACAUUUACAACGAGGUGAACUAGGUGAUGAAUUUAAUAAAACAACAACAUCAACCAUAUUAUGGACAUCAUAUCAUUUUCCAUUUUGCUCAACAGUAGCAGCUAAUAAGAUGAUUUUAAAAGAUUAUUCCUCACUCAUAACUGAUUUUUGGACUAGACUGAUGUGUAUAGAUAUAAUACAACAUCUUCAUUUAGGUUUAUUUUUUCUUGGAUCAACUAGUAAUGUUGUUACCGCUUACUACAUAAUGAAUGAAUUAUUGAAUUUAUUCCAUUAUAAUAGUGGAAUCGGAAGAGCUGAAGGAAAAAGCAAGGAAAUUAUUUUGUGGGGAAGUUGUAGUGUGGAAUUUUUACAUGAAUUGCCGUUAUGGGUGUUGAGAUGGGUUACAAUUAGUAUGGCUGUAUUUGAUUUUGGAUUAAGAAGGAUUUAUUGGCAAUUAAAUAAGAUUAAUCUUGAUGAAGUGGAAGUUUUGUCGAUACAAAAAAUGGAUUUUAAUGAAAUCUAA